UUUAAGACUUUUAUCAUAAUUUUCCAACUUUUUUCAAAAUUUUAAUAAUUUUCUUUUAUGGUGGUGGUCUCUUACUCCAUUGUCCUGUAUCUGUACUACAACUUUUUUUUAUUUAAGCUAAAAAAUAAAGAGUUUAUGAUUCUCUUUUAUUCUAAGCAGUAUAGUUAUUAUUUAUAUAUGUAUUUAUUUUAUUUUUUUGCCUUAUAGCAUCUCCUAUCCUAGUCUUAUUCCUUUAAUCAAUGUUUUAUAAUUCUUUCUGCAGAUAUUAUUUUCAUGUCUAAAGGUUGUCUUUAUGGGCCAGCUUUGACGGGAUGAAAAUGAGUGAAUCCAAAAGACGGAACAAGCUUGGACAAGUACACAAACUUUGUUUUCUGUCUGCCUAAACUAGCUGUUUACCACUGCUGUAAGUUUAGUUGUCAUUUCCCUGUUGUACAGUUGGGCUGACAUUCACAAUUAGGCAAAUGUGUUUUUUUCAUAAUAGAUCAUGUGACAUUUUUUUCAAUAUGUUUAUUGCCUUUUCAGCAGAUUCAAACUAACAUAAACAUAGCUCAGCACAACACUGAUCCACCAUUAAAAUAUUUUUUUUACAAAAGUAUAUUUCUAAAUAUGUGUUGCAUAUGCAUUUCAGAAAUAUAAUUUUAAGCUCAAUUUUCUUAAUAUAUGUCCUCCAUGAUCAGAAAAAUGCCACAAGAUAAUCCUAAAAACACAUUUUCAUUGGAGUGGGUUUUUCAAAAUAGGGCAUGUUUGAUUUUUAUGAAGGAGGCGGGGCAGUCGUUCUACUUCCGCUUACGUAGGUGAUGGGAAAUGAGGGAUAAAAAUAGAAUGUGGGGACAAACAAGUUGUCAUUAGAACAUUUUUCCUUCAGCUUUUCCUAUGAACGUUGUUUUCUUAUGAUAGACCAAUAUCAGGAUUGUUUUUAUUUAUUUAUUUAUUUUCUUAAAAUAAUACUUUUCACUAUAAAAAUAUUUAAUAUAUAUGCAUUUUCUUUUGUAAUAUAUAUUUUUUUAAACUCCACUUUUUUUUUUUUUUGUCUUCAUUAAACCUGUUACGUGUUUGAAGGUUUUUUCUAGCAGACCUCAGUAUCACGUCUCGUCCGUCUCUUCACCCAUAAUAGCAACACGGAUCCGCUUUCUCGGACUGAACCUUCUGCGUCUGAAAACACAGCUCAGUCCUGCAAACGCGACCUCUCCGCUUAUUUUUGAGGAGUUUAAAAUAUAUAUUUUUAAUGAGAUAUAGACCUAUAUUUUUGUAUCUAACUGUAUAAAAUGCUUCCUCUAUCUUUUUUGCUGGUCAUUUUCCCCGUUGCCUUCUGGGUGGCCGCGCAUAGCGCCGCAGAACUUCACAGCUUGUCCUCUCCCGGAGGCAGCGCCGGGUUCGAACCCCCAGACCCAUGCAUGGCAGUGAGUCCACCAUGUUUGAGCGAGUCUGACCGUUAUAGCCUGGAGGCCCUGCGAAGCAUCCACCAGAUGAUGGACGAUGACCAAGAUGGCGGGAUUGAGGUGGAGGAAAGCGUGGAGUUCAUCAUUGAAGACAUGAAGCAGCAGCAGACUCACAAACACAGCCAGCUCCACAGAGAAGACCAGCACAUCACAGUGGAGGAGCUCUGGAAGGGCUGGAAGUCAUCAGAAGUUCAUAACUGGACUCAGGAAGACGUGGUGCGCUGGUUGAAGGAUUUUGUUGAGCUGCCGCAGUAUGAGAGGAAUUUUAAAGAGUUUAAGGUCAAUGGAAACACGCUGCCGAGGAUCGCAGCCAACGAGCCUCUAUUCCUGAGUUUUCACUUGAAAGUUCAAGACCAGAGAGACAAACAGAAGCUCAACAUCAAAGCUCUGGAUGUGGUUCUGUUUGGACCGCCUACACGUCCUCCUCAUAACUACAUGAAGGACCUGCUGCUCAUCGUGUCAGUAGUGAUGGGAGUCGGUGGUUGCUGGUUUGCUCAGGCCCAGAACAAAGCCAGCAAGAUUCACAUCUCCAAGAUGACGAAGGACUUAGAGAGCCUCCAGAGGGCGGAACAAAGCCUGAUUGAUCUGCAAGAACAAUUGGAGCGAGCCCAGGAGGAGAAGCGUAAUGUGGCUGAGGAAAAACAGAACCUGGAGGAGAAGAUGAGAGAUGAAAUAAUGGGAGCGCAGGAGGAAGCCCAUCGACUGCACGAGCUGAGGCAGGGAGCAGUCAGUGAGCUCAGCCGCCUCCGAUAUGCAGAGGAGGAGCUGGAACAGGUCCGUGGAGCGCUGAAGCAGGCGGAGCAUGACAUGUUGGCGAGCUGGUCUGUCUCGGAGGCCCUCCAGCAGUGGCUGCAGCUGACACACGAGGUUGAGGUUCAGUACUACAACGUGAAAAAGCAGAGCGCCGAGCAACAGCUUGCAACAGCUAAGGAUGAGGCAGAAAGAAUAAAGAAAAAAAGGGGCACAGUCCUUGGUUCGCUCCAUGUGGCUCACAGCUCCUCUCUGGACCAGGUGGAUCGUAAAAUCCUGGAAGCUAAAAAUGCAUUAUCUGAGGUGACAGCCUGUCUGCGGGAGCGUCUCCACCGCUGGCAGCAGAUUGAGCUCCUCUGUGGCUUCACCGUCAUCAGGAAUCCUGGCAUAGCAAACCUCACUGCUCAGCUGUACUCGGACUCAAUCGGCCUCGGCUUGCCUCGAGUGCUGCAGUCAGCUUGUUCCUGCCACAGCUCUAUCCACGGAUCUAUAGAGAACCUCAUUGACGACCCAGUGUCUCCCAUCUUACCACAAAUCCCAGUUUCAGUUUCACCAAUCAAGUGCUCUCCUAGACCACAUGGAUCCACAGUUUGUAGGGCAAGGCGUCCUGGCAUGAUCAGUCAUCCCCCAACUGCCUUGAUUUCUCCGGACCCCGACCUUCUGAUCCCCAUCCGACCUACUUAUCCGUUAUAUAACGAAGGAGAGGAGAUCCUCUUGAAAACUCUUAAAAAGCAAGAUUCCCAAGAGAAGCUCUUGGACUUCGACUGCACAGCACCUGCUACUUUUGGAAAAAAGUUCCAGUGCUCCCCAGCUGAGCCUUCCCCUCGGAAGUUUUAUCAAGAUGAAGCAGAGCUGCUUGCGGACAUCUCAACUGUGAAGCCUUUGAGAGAAGAGGUGGAAUCAGCUGUUGAACCUCCAGUUCACAACGUUUUUGCAGAGGAACUCGGAGCUACUGCAGAUCUGGAAGGUUCUAGCUGGAAAAUGCCCAAAUCCAAGGGCUUGGAAUCUGCUUUGGGAACUACUUCUAUGAAAAUCUCCACUGAAGAGCCUGUUGUAAACCCUAACCCAUCAAGAAUGAUCUUCAGAGACAGGAGUGAAGCCACCAGAGAUGCAGAGUUUCUGCCAAGGAAAAUAGACAAAGAUACAUCAAGGGAUUUGAUGGAUGUCCCCUCACAGCUUGUCUACAGGGAGCGGUGUAAUUUACCAGCGGAUGUGAGAAGGAUGUUGGUUGAAGCACCAACAAGUGCUCCAAGGAUGUUAUCAAGAGAUAUGAUGGGGGUUUCAGUGGACAGCAUCCCAAAAAAGAUGCUGAGAGAUCAAUCUGAACCUUUGUUUGAAUCCAGGAGAAUCACAAGGGACUUGAUGGGUAUGUCCCAAGAUGCAGGUUCUUGGAAGCUUACCCGAAGCAAAGGAGAAAUCCUACCCGAAUCUUCUUUGAGGUUAUUACCAAAAGACAAACUAAGAAACAUACCUAGAGAUGAGCUGGAGUAUGAUGAUACCUCAUCCAUAAAGAUGUCAUCCAGAGACGUGUUAGAAUCGCCUACAGAUGUGCAGGAACUGGCCUCAGAGCUCUCUUGGAAGCUUACCCGAAGUAAAGGGGAAUUUCUACCCGAAUCUUCUUUGAGGUUAUUACCAAAAGACAAACUGGCUGAAACUGUUGGUCCACCACUAAGGAACAUACCUAGAGAUGAGCUGGAUUAUGACGAUACCUCAUCCAUAAAGAUGUCACCCAGAAAUGUGUUAGAAUCAAUUGCAGAUGUGCAAGAAUCUGCCUCCGAGCCAAUAACUAUUAUAGGAGUACUAAAAGAUGAGCAUGAUAGCCCCACUGAGACACUCAGAAAGAGAACACCAAGAGUGCCAGUAGAUGAUGCCAACAUCACAGCAGAUGUUGCCAUUGGAAAUGUUGCCAGAGACAAUGUUGAUGUUGCCAGAGCAACACCUAAGCAGCUACUUUGGAAGGAAGAGCCGGUGGCAUUUGAGUCAAGUUCUUUGCCAUGUGGAACUGGCCAACCAGACCUUAUGCUGACCUCUCAGGUGCCAUGGAGAUCCUCCUCAGACCUGUACACAGCGGGCCCGUUGAGUCAGCUGGUGUACGACGGUAUCCUUGAAAAGUCGUGCAGCUCAACAGCUUCUAACCCAAUGGUCACCUCUGCCUCCACUCCCAACCUUCACGAGAGCAGGCUGAAUGCUGAAGGAGAGUCACCAGUGCCACUGCCAAAAGCUACCAACACACCCCUGGAACCUUCCCCUGAAGAAGACAAAAACAAAGAGAAGGAGAAAAGCAAGAAAUCCUUGAAGCUUAAAAAUCUUUUCAAAAAGAAAAGCGAUCCACCUCCGGAGAAGAUUCAAAGUGGGCUUCAGAAACUCUGACGAUCCACUUUGAAAAAUGUUCUUCCUUAAGCUGCGUUCACAACCAACGCAAUUUGUGCAGUGGAACUGCCAGUUUCAACGUUAAGUUAAUAUACAGUUGUGAUCAGAGGUACUGCGGUGCGAUUUGCAUGUUGGGCACGGUGGUCUUUCAAAGAUUCAGACCCACUGCAAAUAUUUGGCUGCACAAGUUUUGUAUUGCGUCAACCAAUCAGGGACUGAUUUGGUGUGUGUUGAUGAUGUGAUCAGCAGGUGGAGUCCAAAACCAACAUGGAGAAGAAUCUGGUUGUUCUCCUCCCAAACUUAGAUGUUUUUUUGAUUUGCAUGGGAAGUUCAGCUGAAAGUAUCCAUCAUUCACAUGUAUCUCCGGCAGUAGUAGGUGACUCUUACCUGGGAGAGUCUCUAAACCAAAGGUGGUGCAAACUACGACCCGGGGGGCCAUAUGGCCAUCAAACUAUGAAUCAAUUAUAACGAUAAUCCUUAUUAAUGUUUUAUUGGUGCCUAUUAAUUCUGGUGUAGAUGAUGCACUACAGAUCCAUUGACCUUUGUCCAUAUGUAGUUGGGACAUUGGAACAUUUCUUGUUUUUGGAGUUGGACAGUCGUUCUUUCGAUAAUUCAGACACCUCACAAAUGCAGUAUUUCUCUAAGUUUGCAUUUUUCCUUUAUGUGCAUAAACAAAUUGGUGUGAUUGGUAUUAAAAUGAGAAAAAAAGCCUCACUUUUGACUCUACAAAAUCUGAACGGAACUUCAAAAAGUUCUGUUUUAAAAACAUACAUACAUUUAUUUUCAAUCAAGAUUAAAGUAUGUUUUCGUCCAGAGUAUAUUUUAUUUCUUUAUCUUAAAUUAUGGAUUAUCAAAACACGCCACGGAUCUGCUCCUGGUCUGGUGCUUCUGUCAAAUUUUAGAACCCUUUCUGCCCCACGAGUCGAAACGUUUUCCCACCCCUUCUCUAAUCGAUCUCAUGAACCCAGACAUGGAGACUUGAUUACAGAUGCUUUUAUAGAGCUCUUCAAAAUAAACAACCCUUAUCUCUCAGUAUCAUUCGUGUCUCCCCAUGCAUUGUAAAUGAGGUAUACAGAUACACAAUAAAGCCAAUGUUUCCAUGUAGCAACAACCCUAAAACUGUAGCUCCUCCCCCACCUGGCGGGAGUACCAGGUUUAUAAACAAACAUUUUUGAACGAGCAAUGAAUUCGCUGCCUGACUAAACAGAGGUGGACGGCACAAAUUUGCCGCGCAAAUCGCGUUUGGUGUGAAUGUAGCAUGAGGUAUUGCUGAAUUGAGCUUUAUUUUUCAGUCCAAGCUAAUAAAAGAAAAAAACAGAAAUUAGCUUCAAAUGUGAGAACGCCAUCAAUCAAAAUGCCUUUAUUAAGGAAUCCAUUUGACUUUCAGUAACUAGCAAAUUCAGCUUGUUACUAAACUGAUUUCCUUUCUUGUUGGUGAGGAUAUUUGAAUGAAGCUUCACUUCCACAGAGAAGCUGUAGAACUCAAUCUAUGCUCAAAAAGCUGUGUCCACCUGAAGGUUACUCCCUGAGGUUUCUUGAUGAAUUCUACCUUCUGGUGCUAUUAAAAUAAAUCCAGAAAACACAAUGAUUGAAAUCUCUGCUAGGACUUAUUUUGUGUUGAGUUUGUGUGUGCUUUCCUUAAGCUAGUGUUUAUUUCCUGGAUGCAUUUCUUCUUCUUUGGCAUCACAAAAACAAGAAUUUCCAAGAUGAUUGAAAAUUCUAGAUUGUCUGUAAAAGUUGGUAUUUAUUAAAAGUAAUAUGCUAUUUUUAAAAAGAAAACAGGAAACAGUCCCUCUCUUUUGCCGGGGAGGAUAAAAGUCUUAUAGCAAACACAUGAUUUUUUGUGGUUAUGCAAUGGAGAAAUGAACGACAAAAAAUGUAUCUUGUUUUGUAUGAUGAAGUCUUACAGAUACAUGGUUGAAAAUCAUGUAUUUUCAGUUUUUAGUUCUUUGCCUGAGGCUAAAGGAUUACGGGAAGUUAAGUUUCUGUAUAACAGAGAAAAAGCUGUAAAUAUUAAUUAAAAAAUGUAGAAAUUCAAAUUUCUUGCACAUAGUAGUUAUGUUUUUGAAUAAAGAUAAGAACACCAAUAAAUCUAAGAAAUGUUUAA